AGUGUGCAAAGAAACUAAGAAAGAAAUAUAGAGGUGUUCGAUAAAAUAAAUAAAUUUUGUGAAAGUUCUAUCGAUCAGAAUCUAGAAUACCUGUUUGUAAAUAAACGAUUAAUAGCACUUUCAUCUUCUGAUUGAUUAAUAAUUAAUUUAUAAUGACUACAGAGAUGUCAAGAUUUUGAAUCGAGUUUCAAUGAAUCUUGAAAGAUAGUUGGAAUAUCACGAUAAAGUUUUUCUUGUCGUCUUUCAUUUAGUAAACAAAAAAUUAGAAGAAUUUUCUUGUACAACUUUAAAAGAAGAUCUUAACGAAUUCUUUAAAUUCAUUUUGGUUUAUUCCAUUAAAAUUAUCUUCAAGAGCACGUAAUAAAAUAAUAGUUGAAAUGACAAAAAAUGCUAUUAUGAAUCCAAGUACAGGUAUAUAUACAAUAACACUUCUUUACAUUUCAAUGGAAAAUCAAUAUGGUCCUCAAGAUUUUUGUACUGGAGCUGUUGAUUCGACAAAUAUUCAAUCUGAACCAUAG